GCUGUUUGCUUUGUUCUCAUCUUAACCAGUUAGUCUUGUUGUUUUAUAAACUAUUUUGCAUCACCAGAACCACAAAUCACACAAACAUGUCAAAUAACAGAGAUGCAGAAGACAUCGUUGAAGAGGACAUUGACGAAGAUGAGCUCCUGGCCAUGCUUUCGCCUGAGGAGCUUAAAGAGCUACAGAGCGAGAUGGAUAUUAUAAUUGCUCCGGAUGAGAGAGUCCCCGUUGGGCAGAGACAAAAGGACCAGACGGAGAAGCCUCCUACCGGCACUUUUGACCACAGAUCCCUGGUUGAUUAUCUCUUCUGGGAGAAGGAGUCCAAACGCAUGUUGGAGGAGGAGAGAGUGCCUGCUACUCUGCUGCCCAGCGAGAAAAUCUUGCGAGAGGAAGCUGAAAAGAGAGAAACGGAUGAAAAUGCUGAAGAUGUGGAAUACGUGUAUGAAGUGAUAGAGGAAGUAAUUGAGGAGGAAGCCAUCGACGGUGUUGAAGGAGAGGAAAUCAUUGAAGAGAUAAUUGAGGAGAUAAUUGAAGAGGUUGAUGAAGAGGAGGGAGAGGAAGAAAAGAGGCAAGGGGUUGGAGUGAAAGAUGAAAAGGAGACUUCCGACAACAAAAUCCAGCCUCCUACUGCAGACAUGACAGAGACGGAGAGAAUAGAGGAGAUAAAAAGCACACUACAAACUCAAGAGAAAGUGGAAACAAAGAAUAAAAACUCUUCCCUUCAUGAAGAAACAAAGCAAUCGCCAGCAGAGCCCAAGGCAGAUGAGAUCAAUGAUAAUAGGGGUCCUGAAAAGGAAGAGAGGAAAAUAAACAAACUGAAAAUCCCAAAUCUGGCACUUGGUGGGUUGAAAAUGACAUCUCGGCCCUCAGGAAAUGAAACAAACUUGGAGAAAACACUUGACAAAAUCCGUAACAACAACCCCUCCGUCACCGAGGUCAACCUCAACAACAUAGAGAACAUUCCCAAAGAGAUGCUCCUGGAUUAUGUCAAUGCCCUUAAGAAGAACAAGUACGUGAAAACGUUCUGCAUUGCCAACACUGGCGUUGAUGAAAACAUCGCCUUUAAUCUAGCCAACAUGUUACGAGAGAAUCGCAGCAUCACCACGCUGAACAUCGAGUCCAAUUUCAUAACAGGCAAGGGCAUUGUCGCCAUCAUACGCUGCCUCCAGUUCAAUGAGACCCUCACCGAGCUGCGCUUUCACAACCAGCGGCACAUGCUGGGUCACCACGCCGAGAUGGAGAUCUCACGCCUGCUCAAGGCCAACAACACCCUCUUGAAGAUGGGCUACCAUUUUGAGUUGCCAGGCCCCAGAAUGGUGGUGACCAACCUUCUCACCAGAAACCUGGACCGCCAGAGACAGCUGAGGAAGGAAGAGCAGAAACAGCAACAGCUAAAGGAGCAGAGGGAAGUCAUGCAGAUGUAUGAGAACAGUCUAAAUCUCCCCCCUGGUUUGUUGGAGAUGUUGGGGUAUGUACCUCCAUUAGAGUUAAUGCAGCAGCAUGGUCUCAGCCCGGCUUCAGCAGAAUCGACCUUUCUACCACAAACACAACAUCAGAUGCCUGACGCUUCAUCCCCACAGCCCCCAAAACAACACAAACACACGGUAAACAACAGCAUUCCAAAGGCAGAGCCGGCCAACCUGCUAAAGGAAGUCCAGCUAAAGAGGACACCCAAGAAACGAGACCCAUUCCUGGAAAUGGACCCAAGGGAGGACUUGAGACCACAGAGGGCCAGCUUUCAGCUGAGGAAGACCUCUAUGGUGAAGGACACGAGCAACAGCAAGAUGGCAGAUGAGAGAGCCAAUCUGAAGGAUGUGAUUAAGACUUUGAAACCGGUACCUCGCAGACGAGAGCCAGCGAAAGUUGAUCUCACACCCCGGGAUCAUCUCCUUAAUGAGAUCAAACACAGCAAUGUGGCCUAUCUCAAAUCGGUGCCGCUUCCCAAAAUGCUGGAAUCUGCAGAAACCAGUCUACUCUGAGAAAUAAUUCUACAAACUCAUCUGUUUUUAUUCAACCUAUGUGUAACUUCCUGAUCGGACUUGUAUAUUUUGCUUUAAAUCCUACAACAACAAAAAAAGAGACAAAAAAGGUUGUCAGUACUUCUUACCAGGCAGAAUGUGUGCUAUGAAAUAUGUUUGGAUAUUGCCUUGGAAACUCAAGGAUUAAUUCACACAAAAUAGUGUUAAAUACUGUAAGAUUGCAUUUGUGGACUGGUUUUCUGUUUCACCUUAUUUGUAAUUUAAUUUCACAAACUUUUAUGUUCUUGAGAAGUUGAAAAAAUAUGUUUGUAUGUUACUCAACAUUUAUAAAGCAGGCUUCAUUUGGUAAAAAUGUCAAACUUAUUUCUCUACCAAGAACU